AACUGGAUCAGCGGCUACUUGGUUCCGCCUCCAGCAAGGGCCUUCCCUAACUGUCACGGAGGUGCCGCGCCGUGGGUGGAAGAGGCCGCCCUCGCCGUUCGUUGUGCUCGCGGCCCGCGGGAAGGGAGCGCGCUCUCGAAAGCUGAGGGCUCCUGCGACCCCUUCUUACCAGCUCAAUGGCCGUCCCAGGUUGCAACAAGGACAGUGUCCGAGCAGGCUGUAAAAAAUGUGGCUACCCUGGUCACCUGACAUUUGAAUGCCGCAAUUUUCUCCGAGUAGACCCCAAAAGGGACAUAGUUUUGGAUGUCAGCAGCACAAGUAGUGAAGAGAGUGAUGAAGAGAAUGAAGAACUGAAUAAAUUGCAGGCCCUACAAGAAAAAAGAAUAAAUGAAGAGGAGGAGAAGAAAAGAGCAAAAAGCAAAGAUAAAAUCAAGUUGAAAAAAAAAAGAAAAAGGUCUUACUCAUCCAGUUCCUCUGAAGAGGACACUUCAAAACAAAAGAAACAGAAAUAUCAGAGGAAAGAAAAGAAAAAAGAAAAGAAGAGUAAGUCGAAAAAGGGGAAACAUCACAAAAAGGAAAAAAAGAAGAGAAAAAAGGAAAAGCAUUCUUCUGUACCUAAUAGUUCUGAAAUCUCCAAAAAGUAACUGGGAUUUUGGCCUAAGCUAUCAAAUUUUUAAAUUGGUUUUGAAAAUUAUUUGAUCUUCCUUAGAGUUUGCUGUAUAAUUAUGCUUUGCAGUAAAUCACAGCCUUUUCCAUAUAUAUUCUUUUUCAUGUAUGGGACCAUUAUCCUCUGGCAAUAUAUUUCUAAUGUGGUAUGAUUAUAAAGUAGUGAAUCAAUCUUAUUACUUGAUAACCAUGUACCAAGUAUGGAUAGUUGUACAUAGAAAACAUCAUUUUUGGUACUUGUGUGUCUGUGUGAUCAGUGUUACUAGUUCAUAAGUUGAUUGUAAAUGUCUUUACUACAGUCAACACAGGUAAUCUACCUAGCAGUUAAUGAGUAUUUCUGAAUCAAGUGUCCACCUUCCAGUGAUAAAAUAAGGCAGGGUAUAAUGCUUUGCUCUAGACACUGAACAGUUUAAUAGCUUUAUAUUCUUUGAUAAUGUUUAAAGAUAGUGAAAUUCUUCAGUGUCGUUUUUAAAUCUCUAGCCUUAUUUUGGAUGUCAUAGGAGAUGAAACUGCUUUAUCUGUCUUGACUGGACUUUUUAAAUGAAUGGUGUUGGCAGGAAGAUGAUAAUGAAAAUAUUUAUUACAAAAUUUCACCAUUUUAUGAAAUACAGAGUUUCUAGUACCUGCCUCCUUUGUUUUUGUAACAAUUAAAAUAUUUCUUCCACGUUUAAAAAGACAAGUCUAGUUCAGCUUAUUGGUAAGUCCCAUAGAGAUGAUGCUGCGUUUGGCAGGGUUUUUAGAAUAGACUCCUAGGUUGUUUUACUAAUGUGCCAUAUUGGCAUGUCUUAAAGUGAUACCUCAACCACAGAACUUUUUAUUUAAGAGGAUGACAGCUAAAUCUUCAUUAGAACUGAUUUGUAUUAUAUUCGUUAUGUAAAUUUUAUGAAGCUUGUUUCUAUGAGCAAUAUGGGAAAUUUUUAUAAAUGGGAACAUACAUAUUUAUUUGUCUGAAAUAAUUUAUAGUUUUGAAGCAAGUCUCACAUUGAAUUUCCGGUUUCAUAAGUGACCAGUUUGGGGUGUUUCUCACUUUUACUUUGGUCAUAAACCUCAGGAGCAGUGACAAAAAUUUAGGAUUAUGAAUUUUAUUCUGUACUUUUUAAAAUUUAAGAGUCAGGCAAUUACAUCAUGAAAGUCUUUAUAUAACAAUAAAAACUUUAUAUGAAUAAGCAGUUUCAAACACAUAUUAGUAAAUACAAAUGUUUCUUACACUUUUAAUUCCACAUUGAUCAGUGUUUCUUACUUUGCUUAAAUACUUGGGUAUCCCUUAUGCCCAGUAAGUUAAAUACUUACUAUUGUAGCAUCAUUGAAAGUCAAGUUGUCAUGCACAGCACCAAAGAUUGCAAGUACCUCACCGUGGUGCAGUUAUAAAUUUUUUAACUGGUAACCUAUAGCUAUGGCUGCAGGUGAAUUUUUUAUGGUGAAAUCAGGUAAGUACACAUAACCUCCUAGGUUGGAAAGGUGUACUGAUUUUUCCUUCACCUAGCAUGACCUCAGUAAGAUUGGGGAAGUGUCAUAACGCCUUUUAACAUAUACUUAUCAUGCUCAAAUUGUAGGAAAGCCAUGCCCCCAUCCCUUAGUCUGGUAUUAUAGCCAUGGAGGCCCUCACACUUCUAGCUUUUCAAUAACCUCAUUUAGUCAUAUGGCUUCCUCAAAAAGAAGUUCUCCUGUUUAAAUAGUUAAAUCAAUUGUUUGGAGAGAAUCAGGGCUAUUAGGGUCUUAAGGAUUUGUUUUGCCUUUGCUGUAUUUUGUAUAUUUUUUUAACUGUAUUUUAAUGAAAAAUACAGUUCUUUGGUAUCAAGAUAAAAAAAGUUAAGGAAAAACACUUCAAAAAAACUGACUGGAAAAUGCUACAUGAAAAGGAUAGCCUCAUCCCACUGAGUGUGUAACAUGAUUAAAAAUAAUAAUUAUAGUGAAAUAGUUAAUACAAUUAUUUGUAAGUUUUAUUAAUUGUAGAGCUUAUAAAUUGGCUCAUUAGAUGUAUUUUCUGAAUGGUGACAUGAUUAAUAAUGGUUCAGAAGAAUUAUAUAAAAUUCAGCCCUCAUUAACUAAUAUAGUUUGCAAAAUAAAAUAUUAUAAUGCUCAGUAAUUUUUCCCCUAGAAAAAAUACUGGAAUUAUUAAGUAAAUUUCCCAUAGUAAGAGAAUAAUUUAUGAAAUGUCUCAUCUGAUACUCAUUUAUUUUCCCUACAGUAAUUUUCUUUUGAAGUGGUAUUUUUAUUGGGAUUGGAUGCAAAACUCACUAAUACAUUUUAGGAGAAAAUUAGUGAAAUUUCCUCUCAGGAAGUCUGUAACAGAAAGAAAACUGAAUUUAAUAGUAAAAAUCUAAAACUCCCGGCCUUUCUACCUACCUCUGUGACCUCCACAAAGUUAUCUAGCAUCUCUGCACCUUGGUGUCUUUCAUCUGUAAAAUACUGUACCAAAUUAUCUUUGAGAUUCCUUCCAGUCCUUCAUAUAUAUGAUUAUCAAUAUUCUAGUAAAAUUCAAGUUGUAUUCAUUUUAGAAAUUGAUACAGAUAAAAACAGAUAGCUUUCUCUAAUGGUAAAGGUUGAAUUUAUUAGUUUAACUGUUAAACAUAUUUAUUUUGAGCAGAUAAUUGAUAUCUGGCUCACAUUCUUACCACACAAUGUGUCUUUUUUACUACAUGCAGACAGAAUUUAUAUUUGUUAUCUGUAUUACCUUAUCUGAACAUUUUUGAGGUUGUUGCUUUUUGGCUGAUGGACCUACUCCCCACAGUUUCCUGUCUCUUUUCUCCAUAUAUGAUCUGUUGGAUAAAAUCUCUGAGUUAUCCUAGUUCUUCACACUUAAUACAUACCUGUUUAUGUCUUUGGUUUUCUGAGGCUGAAACAUCAAUAAAUAAGGAAUAAAACAAAUGUAUGUAUAUUUACUAGUCACUCUGUCUUAAAGCAUCUAAGAUUGUAUAACCCUAGGUCACCUUCAACUACUAGGUUGAAGAUAUUAAGUGUUGAUAAAACUGCCAUUGAGUCCUUUCUUCAACAUUUAUUGAGUGUCCAGCAUGGCAAACACUCUGCUAAGUACCAGGGAUACAGAGAUUAAUAAGACUCAUUUACUUCCCUGAAGGUUCAUAGUCUAGUUAGUAGGAAAAAUAGGAGAACAUAUCAUCACAUAAUAAAUGCAGUAAUUGACCCAAAUAUGCUUUCAUAGAAACACAGAAGGGUGCUUAAUCUAGUCUAGGGAAGUUACCUAGAGGAAGUGAGGCCUGAAGUGCAUUUUGCUUGAGGAUGAGGGUGGGAGUUAUGGCAGUUCCUGACAGAGUGGGCACUGUGAACCAAGGCCACAAUAGGAGAAGCUGGGGGUGGAAGUGUGUGUCAAGAAGUACAAGUAAUAACGUGAGACAGGAAGUGCUAAGAAUUGCAUCUACCAUUCCCAGUUCUCAGGAACAGGAGAAGGAGGUCUUACGUUCCAUAUUUGGGAGCUUGGACUUUAAUCUGUAAGUGGUGAGACACUGUAAAAUAGUUUUAAGGAAAGAAAUGGCUUAUUAGGGUUUGGUUUCAUCCAUUUCAUAAUCCAUUUCCACAUUUUUAAAAGAUGAAAUUGCUCUCAUUAGAGGACCCCAGAGAAAAUAAUUUGAAUCUUUUAUGUCCUAUUAUUUGUACUUUUUCUAGAUCUGCUUGUCUAAGAAAUUAUUACCAAAAAUUACACUUUUGUAGUGUAUUUAAGGCUUCUAAAAAAUGUAUAAAGCUACUGUGUUUUUUGUCAGACCCAUCCCCAAAAUUGCAUGCAUAUGCACAAACUUUGAAAUGUGCUUUGCUUUUAAUUUUAUUUUAGAUUAUUUUUUACUGACUUAAAUUCUGUCAGUGUUAGUAUUUGUUAGGUCAAAAUAAAUUAUCUAAAAUAUAUUUUUUCAAUGUACAGACUGCUGUAAUUUGAUAAGAGUUCUUUAAAAAUAUUUUAUUCAAUCUAUGAAGCACAACUGCUUCGUAGUUACAGAAACAUACCCGUUAAGUCUCCCUCAGGCAACCUGGCUCCAUAGGGAGUGAGUGCUUCAAGAACUCCAGCUGGUCCCAGUGCUGGGAUUCAGUCCUCUGGGCAGUUGGCAUGCAAGAACAGUGUUUCUUUUGUGGGUGUGACAGUACUCCCACUUGCAAAGUCCAGCGCCUUCUGACCUCAUUUGUCUCCGCCCAACUCCUCUAAAAACAUGCAGAGUGCCAGAGAACAGGGAUGCCUGUCCUAGAGCACAGCCCAUGAUGCCCCAGCCAUCAUACGGUACCCGUGUGGCCCAUAGGUUACGGGUCUGGGGGCCCAUGGCCAUACUGCUGGCCCUGAGUCCCCAGGUUUCCUUCUGUCACUUACGGCAUCUGCCUUUGCCCUUGAGUAACAAAAGUAGAGCUGUAUCAGUGCCUUAACUAGGCUUACUCAACCUAGAUUUUCACCUAAGGCAACAUCUAAUUAGUAAUAAAUAAUAUCUGUGUAUCAAAACAGCCAAAUUUCAAUUUUUCUCAAGUCAAAGCUGGAUAUAAGAUCACAUACCCACAAAUGCUUAAUGUGCUUUCACAAGAAUGAAUGAAAAUUCUUCAUGACUAUAUAAAGUAUCAUUUUUAUAAUGAAUAUAUUAACUUUCAAACUUCAUACAUACCUUAAGCAGUUUAUAUUUUUAAACAUUGGCAGAAUUGUGCUCUUCUUGAAUGCAGUAGGAUGUUGCAAUAAUGAUCUAGAAUUAUGCUCUCAAUAUAGCCACAUUUGGAUAUUUAAAUUUAAAUUUAAUAAAUAAAAAUGUUUUUAUUUCUUCAGUUGUACCAGCCACAUUUCAAGUAUCCAGUAGCCACAUGUAAGUAGUGGCUACCAUGCCACAGUGCAGAUACAGAAAAUGCAUUUCCAUCAUCACAAAACUUCCACUGGGCAGUGCUGAUCUUGAAGAUAUCCCCAGUUCAUGGCAGAAAUUGACAGCCUAAUGACCGAAAGUUUCUAGCCCUGAGUUUUGCACACCCAAGAGCAAUAAGGCAUUAGGUUCUUUUUUUUUCUAUCAGAUCAGAGAAGCUGUAAUCAGCACAUUUUGAAAGGCUAUUCUUCCAAGUACAGAAACUAUACAUAACACAGUAGAUGUGUUCAGCAGCUUAAGCUUAAAAUUAAUCCCUUUUUCCUAUUGAGUUAUAAAACCAGGUCUGUAUUCUUAUACUAGGAUUCAUAUUUAUGAAUAAAACCUUUUAAGGCAAUUAUAAUUUGUAGAGACUGUAGUUUUAUUUCUAGAUGUCUAAGUGGGAUUACUGAAGUAGUCUUAGAUGGGACCGGAGAAUUUGUUUUGUAAUUUUCAUUACAGAAAUUCCUUAGGCACUUUAUUAGUAAAGGAUUUUUGUUAUGGCUGUCCCUUAGUAUGCAGAAAAUAUUUAUUAUGCAGAUUAUACAUUGUGAUAUAUUUUGUUAUUAGAUGUUAGCUUUUAUAAAGGCAAUAUAUUCUUUGUGUGCCCAAGAAAUCCUCUAAAAAAGGCUUCUAAGAGUCUUAACAUGCCACCUCUAGGUUAUAAGACUAUUCCCCCUGAGAUUUACCUGUCCAGUACCAUCUCUUAGAAAAUAACUGUUUCUAAUAGCAAAAAAUUGUGAAAUGCUGGUCAUGUGACACAGAUUUUUCAUUGUAUCUUAAUAAAUUUCUUUAUCUGUGUUGAUAAAUUCUUUUAUGUCUCCAGAAGUAUUAGCAUAAUUUCCAUGUAAUGC